AUCAGAGGUACAUUUACAUCUCUAAUAGAAUGACAUUGUUGGCAGCUCAGUCUUACUGCAGAACAUAUUAUACUGAUCUGGCCAGUGCUAGAAAUGCAACAGAGAACUCAAUUAUAGCAGGACUGAACCCUAGCUUGGUUUGGAUUGGUCUGUUCAGAGACUCCUGGAAGUGGACAGACAAUACCAGCUUCUCCACCAUCAGCUGGAUGUCUGGAAAACCUGAUAAUGCUCUGGGGAAUGAAAACUGUGGUUAUAUAAAUAAUGGUCAGACUGCUGAUGCACAGUGCUCAGACAUAAUGCCUUUCUACUGUUACUCAGCAAUCGAAAGACAAAUUGUAAGGGUGAAGGUUCAGUCAAGUCAAGAUGUGAAUGAUCCUGCACUAAAGGAGGCCAUGUUGGAGCAGAUCAAGCAGAAGCUAAAGGAUCAUGGGAUGGCAGAGAACAUCACAGUGAAAUGCAAAGAGAAACCAGAUGGAAAUGUGUUUUACAAGGAGAAAAAUAAUUAAAGUACAGGAUAAGAAUAGCUCUAGUCUGUUUCUCAAAUUAUAAAGAUCUAUAUUAUAAUAGUAUAUAGUGUAAGUUAUAUGUGCAUUAUA